AUGAUGUCCGAUAAAGAGCUGGGAGGCGCCACCCCGCCCAGCUUACAGAGACUGGGCAAUGACCCUGAAGACCCUUCCCCGCAGCCGGAUCCCCACACGCCCCCGGAUGGAGGCGUCGUCGCGUGGCUGGUGAUUCUCGGCUGCUGGUGCGCGUCGUUUUGCAGUUUCGGUUGGCUGAACAGUGUUGGGGUCUUUCAAGAGUACUACCAAAACGACCUGCUUCGAGACUACUCGACGAGCACGGUCUCGUGGAUUCCUUCGCUCGAGGUUUUCUUCAUGCUCGGCAUGGUAUGUCCCGCCCCCCAGUAG